AUGGCGGAUGCAGACAAGAUUAUUAAACAGUCUGAGGCGCUUGAUCAACUAGCCAAACUAGUGUUAUCUCAGUCCCAAAAAAAGCAGUCGACUCUCCCGUCUUUAAAAGAGGAAUACGAGAACAAACUGAAGAACGUUGAUGAGCUCAUCUCGAUGAUUACAUCCGUUGAACUGGAUAAAGAGAAGUUCUCAAAAAUGAUUUCGAAACAAAUUGAGAUUAUUCAGAAAGACGGUCAAGAAUAUGCUCUAAUUCCAGUACAAAGAACUCCUAAACAAGCCAAAUUUGGAAAACGAAAGUCUAAAGCUAACAACAUUAAAUGUUCUUAUUGCAAUGAAACUGGACACCUCCGAUCAAAAUGUGAGAAGAAACUCUUGGGAGUUCCACCAUGA